ACAGUUUUUCUGAAGGGAAGGGAUGAGAAAAACGCAAAGAUAAAAAAUACGGCAGGUAAUAAAGAAAGAAAAGGGUGGUAAAAAGAUAACAGGAGCCCGAGGGAAGUCACCCAAACCCAGCGGCUCUGCCCUCCCCUCGUUGAGGGAGGUACUCAGCUGGCGAACUCAGAGGGAGACACCAGGUCUGAGAAGAAGUCAGAGCAAAUACAGGGUGAGGAAUAAAAGCCCGGCCAUUGCAGGAGCCUUGGGAUGCUUUGAACUGUAGGUUGCUUUUUGUAGAGCUGAAAGCCUGGACCAGGGGUACUGAAGCAGGAACUCCAGGUCACAAGGACUCUUGUCUUGUUCCCUCCAGCAGUCAGAAGCAAUCUGCAAGACGAGCGGGAUUAGAUAUGUUAUAAGGAGAACAGCCCUCCAGACUGGAGUUUUGGCUCUGACUGCCAUCGUGAUGGGAUCCUCCGUAGAGGUGGCUUACUGCCUGAUGGUGCUGUGUUAUCUUGGACAGAGGCAUCCGGUGGCCGCUGGCUGCUCGGGGAAGUGCUGCCGGGGCAGAAACGUGGGCUGUUCCACCACCGACUGGAGGAUGGACCGAGCGCACGGGACGUGCUACUGCGACGAGGACUGCGUCAAGGCCAAGGACUGCUGCUUUGACUAUUUCACAGAGUGUCCAGCUCAGGACUGUGCUGUGAGCGACUGGAGCUUUUGGAGCGGCUGUGCCAAACCCUGCCAGCCUUCGGUCAGAGUCCGAGUCCGUCACGUAGAGCAGCAGCCCGGUAACAGCGGUAAUCCCUGUCCCUGGCUGGAGGAGAGAGCUGGGUGCUGGGAGUACAGAGACCAUCACGGCCACCGCUGUGGACUCAGCUCAGGUCCAGCAUUCAUCACCAGCCUGGAGUUUGGCAAAGGAAGGCCCAAGCAGGACAGCUUUGGAAACCCCCUGGACCCAGGGUUCUGCGUGGAGUUUCAGCUGGAGACCCGGACUCCACACUGCGCCGUGGAGGGCCGGCCUCACACUCACUGGAUGCGCUACAUAACCGCAGGGUUCAGGGUGUGUGUAGCGUGUGAACCUCCUGCCAUGCGGAACAGCAGCUGCCAGGGCGACGGCCAGGAAGCAGACAGAGAAGCUUUGCUCCACUGGCAGGCGGUGGGGAACCCGCACUGCAGAGGGACAUGGAAGAAGGUCCAGAAAACUCCACGGUGCUCCUGUCCAACACAACAUAGCUUCGUCUUCACCUGACCUUCGCUAACCGCUCUGCAGAAGCAGAUGAAAUCAUGUGUGCAGAACGCCACGGGGUGUUCUCUCAGAGACUAAGAGCUACAUAACAACCACUGCACACUCAAAAUGCACUUCAUGUUUUACAUAUUAAAAAUUAAA